UUUUCCUGUACUGAGUGUGGGAAGUGUUUCCGUUUUAAAUGCCGUCUUAUUGCGCAUAAAAGAUCUCACACAGGCGAAAAGCCAAACGUGGAAAAAACGUAUGCCUGUCCUGAGUGCGGGAAAUGUUUUUCACGGAAGGCCAAUCUUUACACACAUCAGAUAUCUCACACAGAAGAAAAGCCGUAUGCUUGUUCUGAGUGUGGGAAAUGUUUUUCGUUUAUGUCCAAUCUUUACAGACAUCAGAAAUUGCACACAGGUGAGAAGCUGCAUUCCUGUCCUGAUUGUGGGAAAUGUUUUGAAAUGAAAUCGGAACUAUUCACACAUCAGCGAUCUCACACGGAGGAGAAGCAAUUUUUCUGUUCCGAGUGUGGGAAAUGUUUUUCAAUGAAGUCCACUCUUUUUAGACAUCAGAGAUCACACACGGGGGAGAAGCCGUAUUCCUGUUCUGAAUGCGGGAAAUGUUAUUCACAGAUACACCAUCUUCACACACAUCAGAGAUCACACACGGGGGAGAAGCCAUAUUUUUGUCCUGAGUGCGGGAAAUGUUUUUCAGUGAAGGCCCUCCUUUCUAUACAUCUGAGAUGUCACACGGGUGAGAAACCGUAUUCCUGUUCUGAAUGCGGGAAAUGUUUUGCAGCAAGUACAGGUCUUGCCAAACAUCGUAAGUCUCACAUGGAGGUGAAGCCAUUUUCCUGUUCUGUGUGCGGGAAAUGUUUUGCAGUGAAGUACUAUCUUUUGCUACAUCAGACAUUGCACACGGGGGAGAAACCAUUUUCCUGUUCUGAAUGCGGGAAAUGUUUUGUAUUAAAGUCACGCCUUGUCAUACAUCAGAGAUCUCACAUGGAGGUGAAGCCAUUUACCUGUUCUGUGUGCGGGAAAUGUUUUGCAGCAGAACCAGACCUUGUAAAACAUCAGAGGUAUCACACAAAGCAGAAGCAAUUUUUCUGUUCUGAGUGCGGGAAAUGUUUUUCACAGAAAAACCAUCUGUUGAGACAUCAGAGUUCUCACACAGGUGAGAAACUGUAUUCCUGUUCUGAAUGCGGGAAAUGUUUUGCUAUAAAAUCAGACCUUGUCAAACAUCAGAAGUCUCACACGGAGGUGAAGCAAUUUUCCUGUUCUGUGUGCGGGAGAUGUUUUUCACAGAAGGCUUAUCUUUUUAGGCAUCAGAGAAUGCACACGGGGGAGAAGCCGUAUUCCUGUACUGAAUGUGGGAAAUGUUUUGCACAGAUUUCCCAUCUUUCCAGACAUCAGAGGUCUCACGCGGGGGAGAAGCCGUAUUCCUGUUCUGAUUGUGGGAAAUGUUUUGUAGAAAAAUCACAACUUGUCAUACAUCAGAGGAUUCACACGGGGGAGAAGCCGUUUUCCUGUCCUGAGUGCGGAAAACGUUUUUCACGGAGGUCAUAUUUAUAUGCACAUCAGAGAUCUCACACGGGGGAGACGACACUUUCCUGUCCUGAGUGAGGGAAAUGUUCCUCCCUCACUGAA